CGCAACGCGCUAAAUUGGUGCUCUGGGAGGAGUCAGAGAGAAUCCCUGGAUGCACCAAACACCACUAAUAUAUCAUUUCUAAUAGCAUUGAUUAACAGCAGCAGAACGGAACAGAGUGAAAGAAGUAAACUGGGCGUUGAAGUUGUAGCAGAGAGUGUCCUUCCCUCCAGGCUGAACUGUAGAAAGGGUCUGCUCUGGCUUCCAGCAGCGCGCGAGACGGACGCGAGAUCACGGCAGCAGUUUGGGGGUCUCUGGAAUUUAUUAGCUGACGCUUGAAGCUCGUUGUGUUUUUCUGGAUUCGGAGCAGAUCUACAGGUCCACCAGUUUCUCAGUCGGCAUUCAUUCACCUAGACGACCAUCACACUUGACCAUCUCUGGAACUCAGGACACUAUUGGGCUUUUGAGCUAAUAAGAACAGACGGAAAGAUAGACCAGAGGCAUAACAUCUUUUGACCUGAAUCCUGAACUACAUCAAAGAACUCAUGGGGCUCGGGGAGGCUUCAGCGAGGGGGACAAGCAUGGAAGGAGAUUGCCUCAGCUGCAUCAAGUACCUAAUGUUUGUCUUCAACUUCCUUAUCUUUCUGGGUGGCUCCUUCCUCCUUGGUGUUGGGGUAUGGGUGGUGGUGGACCCCACAGGUUUUAGGGAGAUAGUGGCCGCCAACCCCCUUCUCUUCACGGGCGUCUACAUCAUCCUGGCCAUGGGGGGCAUGCUUUUCCUGCUGGGCUUCCUGGGCUGCUGCGGAGCCAUACGAGAAAACAAGUGUUUGCUGCUUUUUUUCUUCAUGCUGAUCCUCAUUAUAUUCCUGGCAGAGCUGGCGGCAGCCAUUCUUGCCUUCAUCUUCCGGGAACAUCUGACCAGAGAAUACUUCACUAAGGAACUGAAGAUGCACUAUCAAGGCUACAACAACACUGAUGUCUUCACAUCAACGUGGAAUGCCAUUAUGAAUACAUUUGACUGCUGUGGAGUGAACAGUCCUGAAGACUUUGAGGAAAGCAUCUUCAGGAUUAUAAACCCUGGUGAAGUGGUGCCCGAGGCCUGCUGCCGUAGGAAUAAUCAUCUCGGAGAAGUAGGCUUCAGUAACAGGGAGGAAUGCCUGUCAGGCAGCAUGCUGUACCGGAACAACAAGGGUUGCUAUUCAGCGGUUGUGGACUACUUUGAGAUGUACAUCUAUGUUGCUGGUGCCCUUGCUAUUGUUGUACUCACGAUCGAGCUUUUCGCAAUGGUGUUCGCCAUGUGUUUGUUCAGGGGAAUCCAAUAGAUCAAGUUCACCGAAAGACUUUUUCAAAAAGGAAACACCACAAAAGAAAACUGAACCACUUGUCAAAGAAUGUUGUACUCCAUUUUUUAUUUCUAAAAUGAUUAAAGAACAAAAAAAGAAACAUUGACCUGUACUUCACAGCUGGACCUUUGAGGUACAAGGUAACAAAAGAAUAAACACAGACAAAAAUAGAACAUUCUUUGAAUACUGCGAAGAUUUAUUGGGCUUCUUGUCAGAAAGCCCAAUGUUUAAUUUUGACCAGGUGUUAAAUAGACCAGAUAAAGCCUGAAAAACUGAUGAAGAAGGUGCUGCACUGAUUUUUGGAUGAAGAAUAUUUAUACUGAGUAAUGCUGGCUUGUUUGUAUAGGCAUUUGUGCUUUUAGUAAAAAAAAAAAUUGAUCAAACCACUGUUCGUUCACCAACAUCAACACAUCACCAGUCCUUGAAUGCAAACUUUCACAAGCCCAUUAUAUUAGUGUUAUAUAGUCAUGUGAAUUUCCAUUUUUAUCUAUUCCUGUGUGGAUGUUGGAGAUGUGUGUGUGUGUGUGUGUGUGCGUGUGCGCGUGCUGGGUGAAUGUACCUCUUUCUUGCUUGAAGACCAGCAUUUUUUUUUUCGUAUUGUGAUGUUUAUUGCUAUAGUAAUUCUGUGAUUUUAGCUGAAAUUGAUGUGUAUGCAUUUGUAUUGAAGAUAAGACUGACAUUAAAAGAAUCUCUGAUUGAGCAUUUGCUCAGUGUCUCCAUAAAUCAGAUCUUUGACAGUCCAAGGUUUAGUUUAAUUGUUUCCACGUUGACAUUAUGAACUGCCAAAUAAAAGAAUCCAGGUCAGCUGA